AAAAAAAAUAAAAAAGCAAAUAAAUUAUUGAAAGGAGAAUUGAAAAGAAAGAAAAAAUGCUAUUAAUUCAAGCGCGUAUUGUCGGUAUGGCAACAAAAGUACCUUUGAAAUGUUUACAAAAACGUCGCAAAAGAAAAUUAACGCUUAUCCAUGACAUCUAUCAUAAUAAAAUUCUAAAAAUAUUUGUGUUGUUCGCCUGCAUGUUGCAUAUUUUGCAACAUUUAAAUAUCAUUCGUUUCGCAAGUGAGGCCUCUUCUGUAACAACAACAGCAGCAGCAGCAGCAGCAGCAACAACAGUGGCAACAACAAAUUCAACAACAAUAAAUAAUAAUAAUAAUAAUAAUAACAAUAAUACUAGCAGUAGUAAAGGUGAUAAUAACUCUUUGAAAAGUAAUAUAACCACACGAAGUAUUAAUCAUCAGAACAGUUUUAAUCGGCGGCAACAAAAUGAAAUUGUACAAAAUAAAUCGCAAACUAAUAACGAUACAUUGCAAAGACGCAAACUAAGACGCAAACAGCACACAUUUGCGUCAACUUCGAUAGGUAACAAUCAUACGGUCCGCGUAAGACCGGUCUCGCUGCAACAACGUUAUAAAGGUAAACGUCGUAAAUAUAUGCGACCUGUGUUGUCGACUCAAAAAAAUUCUACCCAAGUUUUACAACCAAAGAUUAGUAAUUUUAUAUCAACGCCUACAAGAUCCCAUCAUCAUCAGCAUCAUCAGCAUCAUCAUCAUCAUCAUCAUCAACUAUUAUCAUCGCAACAAAAUAAUCAUAUGAUACAAAAUCAACAUCAAUUCUCGUUUAGUAAUCGCUCUUAUCAUCGUCACGAGCAGAAGCAACAACAAACGCUCUCUAUACCGUCAUCGACGGUUCGUGUUACCACCUCGAUAGAUCAUGAAUAUCAUAGAAAUGGUAGCAUAGGUCCUACGACUACAACGCAAAUUAAACACUAUAUCGGUUUAAAUUCUACUAACGUUCAUCGUGUAGAUUAUCCGCAGUCUCCGUUAUAUGAAACGACGAAUAAAGAGCAUGUCAUCAUCCAGGGUAACACGGAUAUUGUACUAUAUCGUAAUAUCGGCGCCAUACCAUGUCCGCCAAAUGUGCGACUAGUUACACACCGUGUUAUACCUGCUACCGCAGCACCAACAAGGCCACAUCGUCAAAGGGAAUGUCAAUGCAAUUCUCUUGGAUCACUCUCAAAUGUCUGUGACAAACGUAGUGGCCAGUGUCAAUGUUUAAAUAAUGUUACCGGACGGCGUUGUGAUAAAUGCAAGUCUGGUCAUUGGAAUCUAACACAAAAUGUCGGUUGUCUUGAUUGUCUUUGCGAUGCGGCUGGUUCAAGGAGUCACGAAUGCAAUCCAUGGACAGGUCAGUGUGAUUGCAAAAUUGGAGUAGGUGGCCAACGGUGUAAUGAGUGUACGGACGGGUUUUUUGGUUUCUCUGGUGAAGGUUGUCAACGCUGUACUCCUUGUCCAGGGGAGGGUCAAGUCUGCGACGCUUUAAAUGGACGAUGUGUGUGUCCACAGAAUACUAAAGGUUUGGGUUGCACUCAGUGUAUGCCGGGUACUUGGGGUUGGCAAGUUCGUCUCGGUUGUCGCGAGUGCCUUUGUGAUCAUAUUGGAUCAAUAGGCCAAUUGUGUGAACCCUCUGCGGGACAAUGUCAGUGCCGGGAAGGUUACGCCGGCCGACAAUGCGAUACUUGCGCUGUGGGUUAUUUCGGUUAUCCGGAGUGCCGACGCUGCAACUGUGAUAUAGACGGUUCAUUUAUUCGCACGGACGGCUUAAUAGCUUGUGACGCCAAUGGACAAUGUCCUUGCAAAAGUUUGGUGGUGGGCUUAAAAUGUGACACCUGUAUGCAAUCCACAUUCGGGUUAUCCUCUUUGAAUCCCGAAGGUUGCACGAGGUGUUAUUGUUUUGGUCGAUCAGCUGAGUGUGAUCAAAGCGACUGGUCGUGGGGUCAUGUGCGCAUGGCCGAAUCACGAAAUCUUAGUGUUCAGUAUUUGCAUAGUUCACAUAUUACUACCUCGGAAUUUGAAUACAUAGUGGUGGUACAGAUGGCCGGUAGUAAUAUGUAUCGAGAAGAUGCGGAUAUUCAACAUGUAAAUGGUUUGAAUUUGGUACCGAAAUCUACGGGAAAUGUAAGCAUUGGUAGCUACACCAAUUUGUACUAUCCUCUCUACUUUCAACUGCCUCCUCAAUUCUAUGGUGAUCGCACCAAUAGUUACGGUGGUAAUCUUUAUUUUACCUUACUAACGGAGGGGGCAAAUACUCCUUUGGAGCGGAAAGUAUUGUUUAGAUAUCCUUUGGUCCAGUUACAUGCUCAUAAAAAGCUGAUUUUGGACUUCUACGAAUAUGACAGUUUUGAAUAUUCGCGAAAUAUAACGCAUAAGGUAACUUUACACGAGUCCUAUUGGAAAUUACAUCACAAUGGACAAAUAGUAGAUAGGCCAAUCAUGAUGGCUGCUCUACAAAAUGUUAAGCAUAUAUUUAUUAGAGGUUCCUGUUUCGCUGAUUUUACGGAGGUUAUAUUACAAAAUGUUCACAUGGAUACGGCUAUUUAUGUUCAUGGAUCCACCAGUAUGAUAGCAAAAGGUGUAGAAAAAUGUAUUUGUCCGAAACGUUACGAUGGUCUAUCUUGUCAAGAUCCGAGUCAGGGAUUUUAUAGAUGGCGCAACAUUACGGAAACAGACACCAGCUUUAUUGAAGAUCUAAUUGGACGGGCGGCACCCUGUCAAUGCAAUGGCCGCAGUUCAAUAUGUGAUCGCGAAACAGGUGAAUGCAUGAGUUGUCAAAACAAUUCAGGAGGACGCCAUUGCGAGCAAUGUGCUGAUGGUUAUUAUGGUGAUCCUGCAUCAAUACAUGGUUGCCAACCUUGCCCUUGCCCUGAAACUAGUCGCAAUUUCGCUCGUGGUUGCACAGUCUGGCAAGGAGAAAUUAGUUGUAUAUGUCGUCCUGGUUAUACUGGUAAACUUUGUGACCGAUGCCGUCCUGGGUAUUUUGGCAAUCCAAUGUUUUCUCUGAAUAGUACUUGUGAGCCUUGCAACUGUCACUUAGAAGGCGUAAGUAGGGACGGUUGUGAUUCUUUAACGGGUCAGUGCUUUUGUAAAAAUGGAGUUACAGGCCUUAAAUGUGAUAAAUGUUUAGCAAAUCGGUACCAUCUGGAAGAAAAUGGCUGUAGAUUAUGCGAUAAUUGCACCUUACUGUUAUUGGAUUACAUACAGUUGAUAGAUCAUAAGCUGCGACGCGGCUUACAUAACAUGGAUUUAACUGGUAUACCCGCCCCUUACCUAAAAGUUGAAGAAUACGAAGAGCAGUUUAAUGCCUUAAACGUACGGUAUCACGACUUUAAUGAUGCCCGUGUAUUGUUGAUGAAUUACGAUACUGAAGCUUUGGUUAAAUUAGAUGCUCAUGCCGAAAAUCAAAAAUUUCAAAACCGUAAAACAUUAGCUACCGCCCAGAAACGUUCUGAAGCAAUUUCUAUUCUUCUUCGCGAUGCUACUGUACUCUAUGUAGACAUAGAAGCCUUGAAGGCUGGAAUUUUAGAGAGUGUCACUAGACUUGAUAAUUAUGGCUCGGAAGCUUAUCAUUUGAGUUUACCGAUAGCUCUUCAGCAAGCCCGUUUCUAUUUGGACUCGGUGAAACAACAUAGCAAUUCGUUGGAAACAAUUCGUACGGCGACUUCUUGUGCUUGGCAUUACUUCUACCGUUUCGGCAAUGCGUCCGAUUCAGCUUACGAUCAAAAGGCUAAAGUUGAAAUGUUUUGGCGCGACCUGAACCACACAAAUUUUCGUCUUUCUGAUAUGCGUCUACAAGCUGAUCGUACAGUAGACAAACAAACUGAGAUAGACGACAUUUUGGAACAUAUAAGAAAUUUGAAAACUUUAGCUUUAGACGAUUAUGCACAAAUCAAAGAACUAAAUAUGAAUGUGGAAGACAAACUGCAACAAAAUGUUAGACCACAAACUGAAGUGGUAAUUGAAUUGAACGUGGAGCGUUUAGAGCAAGUGAGUGGAAUAUUAGAUAAAACAGCUAAACUGAGAAAUAUGUUGAACAAUAGCUUGGAUGAGAUUGAGACUGUAUACCGUGAAGUACGUAAACACUGGCUACCCAAGUCCGAGAAGCACGCUGUACGUUUGUGGGAAAGGUCUAAUGAAUAUGCAAGACAAUUUCAACCCACCAGAAAUGGUGCGCGUAUAGCUAUGUUAGCUAGUUCGGCUCAUAAAAACAUCUCGGACGCUAUAGAAGCCGCCCGUCAAGCUUCUCUCGAGGCUAAAGAAAGAGUGUACGCGGCCGAGAAUAAAUUGUAUCCGAAAAUGCAUAUCUCCGUAAUUGAGCGGGCCAAAAUGUCUUUAGAGAAAUCUAAUGUUUUAAAGAAUGAUGCAAUGCAGGAAAUAAAAGAUACAAAAGCUUUGAAACAACGUUUAAAGUCUCAUGAAGAUAAGGUAGAAGCCAUUAAAUCACGUAUAAUGGAAGCUGGAGUACGUACUAACAACAUAUCGUCGCAAGUGCAGCCUUUACAGCGUUCUCGGGCCCGUAAAAUAGCUUCUGAAAGCUUAGACAUUGCCAUAAAAAUUAGUGAAGAUAUGCGCGUGGUGUCACGGCGCACUCAUGAUUUGCAUCGAAAUAUUUUGAAUUUGCGUGACACAAUGUUUUUAUUGGAGCCAGACUGGGAAAUCAAAUUGGGUAUGGCCGAGGAAAAUAUUUCGCUAACUAAAACGAACAUACGUUUGGCGAACAUUUCCUUGUCAUAUAUUGAACAGCAAGCUUCUAAAGAACGUGCAGGAUUUGAUGAGUGGAAUAAUACGAUGGGUCUGCAGUUGCAAGAGCUACGUGAUAUAGUUGCCAAAGCGAAACACGCAGCUGAAGGAAUUAAGAUAUCGGUGCAGUCUGGAGACGUUCGAUGCACGAAAUCUUUUCUGCCCGUUUCCUAUGGUUUAACAACUUCAAAUAAUAUUAAGAUAAGUUUUGCUUUAACCAACCGCAACGGUAACUCGCCUCUCCUAUAUCUUCAAGGCAUGGACGGUCGGUAUAUAGCUCUGGAUCUUUUCAAGCGUCGCGUUAGAUUAUUGUGGAAUUUGGGUGGUUCGACAGCAAUUAUAACACAUCCUUUGGAAGUGCAAACUCGGGAACUUCAAGAAGAUGACGCCUGGUAUCACAUUGAAGCCAAUCGUACGCUUAAUGUAGGGACUUUGCUGGUCAGACGCAUGAGUAAUUAUGGCAGGCUCAUACCUCAAAAUCCGGUUAUCGGUUCUUCUGACUUGGAAUUUACUCGAUUCUUUCAAACUCCUGAAGAACGCACAUAUAUAGGAGGUUAUCCAAAUUUUAUACGCACAAAAGAUUUGCCAUUUAGUUCGGGAUUAAAUGUGGUGAUCCACAAGGUAGAGAUUGAUGACAAACCAGUGGGUCUUUGGAAUUUUGCGAGCAGCGAUGGGAAAUGCACAGGUGCAAUGAUUGGAGCCGAGGAAUCUACUUCGUCGUCGGUAGCUAGACAUUUCAACGGUAUCGGCUACGCGGAAGUGAAAAAAUUUCGACCACGACCCUAUCGCAAGAAUUUGUUUGCUUUGCAAAUGACUUUCAAAACGUUAGAUGAGAACGCUUUGCUUUUUUUAGCGGUUGAUGAAAAGAAUAAUCGCUCUGUAUCAGUUACUCUCAGUCGAGGUCGUAUUUUGUUUCGCAUAGAUUAUGGCGAUGAAUCGAAAUUGGAAAUUAAUACCACCAAUAAGUAUAAUAUCGGGAAAUGGGUUAGAAUUGAAGCGGCUCGCGAAUUUGUGCCCAAACGGGGUACAGAAAAUAGCAUAUUACGAGUAAAUAACGAAAGACCUAUAACCGGUUCACCUACAGUGCCUAUCAAGAGUCACAUGCUACCUGAUCUUUCGAAACCGAUUUACUAUCUAGGUGGUGUGCCGCCUGGCUUUACUUCGGGUACCUCGAAAGCACCUGGGGCUGAUAAUCCAUUCCUAGGUUGUAUGAUGGAUGUGCAAGUCAAUGGGGAAACUUAUGAUCCUCUGGAAAGUUCCACAUUUUAUGGCGUAGAGCCGGCUUGUAAGGAAAUGAUUACCAAAGCUGGAUUUAUAGGUCAAGGUUACUUGGAGAUGCCUUCUCAGUCUUUACGCAAACGUGCGAGCACUGCAUUCGUCUUUCGUACUUUACAGAAGGAUUGCUUGCUAAUGCUUGCCGCCUAUCCGCCCGAAGUUCAAGAUGAUUACGACAGUAAAGAUAUUAAAGGCAAUUAUUCCGUUAGUUUAAUUGGUGGCCACCUCCACGUGUGGAUUAAUUCCGGUCGAAGCCUGAUAAAAUUACUAUCGAACGUUACUUUAAAUGACGGUGAAUUUCAUUUGGUCAAUUUGCUUAAGAAUGGUCGAAAAUUUGAGCUAAUUGUUGAUGAUGAGCCACAAGACAGCAAAAAUUUGAUGGGCUCGCCAACUGUUGUAGGUAUGCCGCGUGAUGCUGGCGGCUUAUAUAUAGGCGGUGCUCCCUCUUAUGAAGAAUAUAUACCUUUGGCUCCGACCUUUACAAAAUUAGAGGGGGCAUUACGCGACGUUGUUUUUAAUAAUCGUACCUUAAACUUUAAUCAGGCUGUAAGAUUUGCUAAUGUUCAAAUAGGACGCAACGGUCCAAUUAUGGGUAGUGUAAAUGGAUUAAAUGACAUUCUCUUAAAGACAGAACCGAUGAUUGGUAAAAGUUUUACGGCCGCACCAGAAGGAUGUAAGAGGGUUGGCAGCUAUUCGUAUGAACCGAACGCUUUCAAAUUUGGUGAUGAACCGUAUAGUUAUGCACAAUUGCAGGGUGUCUAUCGCAACUAUUGGCAAAAGAAUUUUCAAAUUUCUUUCGAUUUUCGUUCCUUUUAUCCGAACGGAUUGAUAUUUUUAGCGCCUGGCCUUAAAGAGAAGCAUAAGCAUUAUUUAGCUUUGGUUCUUAAAGACGGUCAUUUAUUAUUGAUUGUGCGCGGUCGACGUCGUGAAGAGUUACCUCUCCAUGCCAAAUUAAAUGAUGGGGAAUGGCAUCAUGUUACACUGCAAUGUCAAGAUCGUAAGGUCACCAUGUCGGUAGAGAUUGGUCGUACAGAUCAAAAAACAUCCGCGCAAAUGAAAAUACCAAAGAAAAUUGCAGCUUCACAUCAUGUUCUUGUUGGUGGUUUGCCGGAGAAUCCACCGAAAAUGCCUACUGAACUUCUAAUGAAAUUAGAACCGUUUAAGGGUUGCUUACGGCGUUUUCUCAUAGGUAACAGUACACAGGACUUGGCAAAGCCUGGGAAACAUUUACAUGUAGGUCAAUGCUUCCCGAAAGUAGAACGAGGUUCCUACUUUCCUGGUGACGCCUAUGCCGUAUAUAAAAAAAAUUUUCAUGUUGGUAAAUAUUUGGAACUUGAAAUGGAAUUUCGUACAUCUGAGUUGUCGGGUAUUCUCUUAAGCAUAUCUGAGCCUACCGGUUUUCCUGCUUUAUCUUUGGAACUUUUCAAUGGAAAUAUUGUAUUUUCUUGCGAUUUGGGUGAUGGAAACCCUUUCCGUGUUGAAUCUUUACUACCCCAUAAGUAUACAUUGUGUAACAAUAAAUGGCAUAAUAUAUCUGCUUUAUACGAUGAUGAACAGAUAGCUUUGCGCAUAGAUCAAAUGCCUGCAAUAAUGGCGGUAUCGCCCCAGAGAACAGUGGGAAAAGUACAAACUAAAUCACCUCUUUACAUAGGCGGUAUACCAGAAAUUGCUUCCAGUGGUUCUCUGCUAACACGAGAAAACUUUAAAGGUUGCAUACGCAAUGUUUCCAUACGUAAUGAACGGCGCGACUGGAUCGAUAUGGAUAAUUUACAUAAUGUAUUAUUAAGCGAAUGUUUAGUAACUGGUAAUAAUGCAGACAGUUGAGAAAUUUAACAACAGGUAUGCCAAAUUUUAUACUUUGUAUUGUGUACAAUAAUAACUCUUUGAAAACAACAAAAUUGUGAUGUUAAACGAACUUAAGAUAAUUUAA